AUUUUUUUUAAUUCAAAUAUAUUUCGGAAAGUAUCUUAAAUAUAUUGAAAUACUUAAGCAUUUUUAUCUAUCUUGAUUUCUUCCACUUAUUUGAAUUUUACAUCAAUUCAGUCAACUUCAAUAUUAAUUUGGAAUCGUAAUUAGAAUUCCAGGACUAUAUUUAUUUAUUUUCUAACUGAACCAGGAAAAUUCUACCAUUUUAAUUUUAAUAUAUUUCCUGAAUUCCACAUUUCACCACUUAAGGUCGGUCACGUGCACUCUCCACAACUUUUGGUGAACAUUAAACGUAGCGAAGCCUAGGGAACUGCAGUUAGCCACAUUCACUAUAAAGCCUAAAGGACAAUGUGUAGCAUCAUCAGACUGUAAAGUUUCACAUCUGAACUUCUUCAUUAACACCACCAUGGCCUCUCUCUCUGAAUUCUGCUCCCACCUCCAUACCAUGAUCAUAGUCUUCCUCAGUCUUCUACUCGUUGAAAUUGUAAUUCUUUUCCGGUCGGUCAUCGGUAGUACCUUGAAGUUCAAUAAACCAAUAAUUAGCACCACUCAGUAUCUUAAACACAUGGAAGAAAUAAAUCCAACUAUUUCUUACAGUGAAAAAUUGACGAGGCAACAAGAUUCCAUGGAAUGUGCAGUCUGUUUGUCUAAAUUUUCGGAAGGCGAAAGUGUGAGGAAAUUGAAUUGCAAACAUACAUUCCACAAGGAUUGCUUAGACAAAUGGCUACAGCAAUCUUUGGCUACUUGCCCACUUUGCAGGGCUAAGGUUUUGCCAGAUGAGAUUGUAGCCAAGUAUGAUCGGAUGCAACAUCAGAUAGGGUAUGAUGGGAGUGACGAGGAGAUGCCCUUUUUGCUAUCGGCACUAUAUGAUAAUGGUCUGCAAAGAAUCUCUUAGUCUGUAAGUCGUGUUGGACAAAUUACUUGUUCUUAUAUUUUAUAAACCACCAUAUAGAUGCAUUUCACUAUGAACUUUAGUGGAUGAGUUUCUUUAGAUUUUCUCCUAUAA